CAUGAAAAUACUGGCCUACCACGAGUAUGAUGAUAACUACGGUGCUCAUCAACCUCGCUGUUUAAAAACAAGUUCGCGCUCGCCGCAUCUGGAUAUGAGAUUUUUUUUUCUUUUAAGUUUUACACAAAUAUAUGUCACUUCCGCUGUACUCGGUUCGCCAUUUUGGACAGGCUUGGCCCGAGCCAUGAUGAGGAAUGGUCUCGUUAUAGGAAAACUUGCCGUUUAUGAUGCUUCGUCGUUGUGUAAUUGAUUUGAGGAUAUUCUCACUAAUGUAGAACAACACACUGCAUCGCGUAGGCCAGCGCACACCCCAACAACUGGGCACAUUUCAUUUACUGAAACACAUGGCACAGAUCAUCAGGAUGAGUUGCAUAGCCCCACCGGCAGCCGAGUUUAGACGAAGGACAACUGCAGCACCGGGUUGGACACAAUAAACGGGAGUCGAUUUCCUCUGUCCUGCGGGUUUGGAUGGAGUAACGUACAGUAUCCGAGGGGUGAACUAUUUGAUGUCCCGAAAGAAAGAGAGCAAAGAUGUUUCAGCUACCUGUGAACAACCUCACCAGAAUACGAAAGGCGAGGAAGUCUGUUAAAAAAGUACUCGUCGACAUUGGCUUGGAGUAUUGCAAGGAACAUGUUGAGGAUUUCAAAGAGUUUGGUCCAGAUGACCAUUAUGUGAAGAGUCUUUGCUGGGAAGAUGUCUGUCUGUGGUAUCCACAAAGAUCACAGGACUACAGGUCAAAGCAGUUCUGCUGCUCCGAGUGUCCUUUCGCUUCCAAAUACUUCUCGGGGUACAAGAACCACUUCCGCAAUGUGCAUAGACAGGACUAUGAGAAGCACAUCCUCCUCAACUGCCCGUACUGCAUGUACAGUGGCAACAAGAGGUCGCUGGAGACGCACGUGCGGCUCUUCCACGCGUCCAACAAUGCGUUCCGUCAAAACAUGACGGCCAACCAGGCCAACAUGAUGGCCAUGAAAGACGGCUCGCUCCAGGCAGUGUACUUCUGCAAGUCGUGCACCUUCCAGGAUCCCCUGUACAACGUGGUGCGCCGGCACAUCUACCGGGAGCACUUCCAGCACGUGGCCAAAGCUUACGUCGACAAGGCAGACUCCUCGGAUAGCAAGUCUGGUGCGGACGGCUCCGCCUCUGCUGGUGCUGGUGGUACUGGUGGUGCUGCUGGAGGUGCAAGUGGGGGCGUGAAUGGCAUCCAGUGUAAGAUAUGCCAGUUCGCGCCGCGCUCUUACGAAGCACUGGUGCAACACGUAGUGGAGUUCCACGAGAAGAUCGGGUACCAGGUCACCGCGUUGAUCGGGCACACAAACAUCCCAGUGUCCAGGCCCUCAUAUCAGCCCGUGUCGAGGGGAGGCGUGAUGACUUCUGGAGGCUGGCGACCACAGACUUCUCAGCAGAUGAACCGCGGCAUGAUCCCGCCCAAGGGUAUCCCCGUCUUGGAUCACUUGAAGCAGAAUACCAUAGGCUACAAGCUUCCCAUGGGGCAACCUAUACGUCUGGGCCCUGCAGACAGCGCAAAACUGCUGGCGGCGUGCGACCCCAUCCCUGUCAAGAAGCCUCACAACGUGUGCACCUCGCAAACCCAGAAGUGGAAGAUCUGCACGGUGUGCAGUCAGCUGUUCCCAGAGAGCGCGUACAGUGCCCAUUUCGAGAAGGAGCACCAGGCCGAGAAGGUGCGCGUGAUGGCUAAGUACAUCAUGAAGAUCCACAACUUCACGAGCAAGUGUCUGUACUGCAACCGCUACUUGCCCACAGACACACUACUGAGCCAUUUGCUGGUUCACGGGCUCUCCUGUCCACUUUGUUACACAACGUUCAACGAAGUCGAGAAAAUAGUGGCGCACAAACGGCAGUGUUGCCCCGAGGAGACAAAGACUGCGCCUGGCGAAUCUCCGCUAACCUUUGACCUCACUGUUGCGCUGGGCAAGCCCAAGAACAUCCAGCUGAUCGUUACUACCUACAACAUGAAGGACGCCUCCGAGCCAUCCUCCACUAAGGCCCAGUCCUUCUCCUCUGAGCCGGCUCCCAGGAAGGUUCACGUCAAAAUCCCUGACAGCCACGAUCCGCCGCCCCCAAAGGUGCCGCCCGCGAGCCUCGCGCCCAAGAUGGAGGUAGGGAAGACCCUGUGCCCCCUCUGCUUCUCCAUCCUCAAGGGUCCCAUAUCCGAGGCGCUGUCCGGACACCUGCGGGAGCGCCACCAGGUGAUCCAGACCAUGCAUCCUGUGGAGAAGAAAAUGACCUACAAGUGCAUCCAUUGUCUGGGGGUGUACACGAGCACCAUGACUGCCUCUACCAUCACCCUGCACCUGGUGCACUGCCGUGGCGUCGCCCAGUCUCAGGGGGGCUCGGCCAGGCCUAGCACCGCCAGGGCAGGCCAGGGUGGCAAGACCGUGGCCACCCUGCGCUCCCCGGGAAUAGGCACCCUGAAGCGUGAGCUGCCCCCGCCAGACAGCAUGGACGCCAAGAGAAGGAAAAUGGUGGACCACACCCGGUUCUACCCAACCGUGUUUGUGGAGAAGCCCGAAGAGCCGGUGGUGCUGGCGCUGGACCCAAAAGGCCAUGCGGAGAAGACCUACGAGGCUCGCAAGGCGUUCCUGACUGCCUACUUCAACAGCCGUCCGUACCCGUCACAGCGCGAGGUGGAGAAGUUGGCCGCUAGCCUCUGGCUGUGGAAGUCCGACGUCUCCAGCCACUUUGCCAACCGCCGCCGGUCGUGCGAGCGCGACUUCGUCACCAGGAAGGCCGUCGUUUUGCUCGGCUUCAACAUGCGCGCCUGCAACCGGGUCAAGCAUGAGAUGGAGUUCGACCCAGCGUUCCACUUCCAGAGCUUCGACGACGAUGAAAGGCGGGUCUCGAAGCUCACCAAGUCCCGUCUGAAGGAUGUUGGAGGCUAUCAACACAGUGAGAAUGCCAAAGCAGCCCAGCAGACUGCCAUCCGGCAGCCUGUGAUCGCAGCAGGACAGGGUAGUCUAACCAAGCCGAGCAACAGUGCCUUCCCGCCCAAACCUGGCUCUUAUCAAGAACCCAUUAACAUAUCGGACAGUGACUCUGACGUAGAAGAGACGUCCAGCUACACCGUGCCCUACGAGCGACCUCAUACCGUGUUGGCGAGGGGAAUGGGCCCCCACGCGGGCCAGCAGCCAGUGUUUCUCUCUCAGGGGAGGCGAACCCGGGCGCAGGAGAACAACUCCAGCUCUUCCUCUUCGCAUGCCUCGGCCGGCCUCCUGGACGGCGCAGCCUCCAUGGGCCACUCGGCCCGAGACGCCGGCAAGAGCCUGGACGGCUCGCUGUCGGUGUCCAGCCCGGAGGACGAGCCGUGGGCUCACGGGAGCGUGGCCCUGGACGACAGCAGCUACAGGCCGGCCGGCCUCUUUGAGGGACAGGGGAAGGAGGUGGGGUUGGUGGGCAGGUGAGCAACGAGGUGAGACUGGGUGAGGUGAGGUGAGGGCGAGGCGACCAUCCUACCCGACUGCUGCCAAUCUCCAUGCCCCUCCUCCACGCAGGAGAGAAGACAGACCUCUGACUCUGACUGAUUGACUGAAACGAGAACCUUGACCUUUUGUUUAUGGCUAUUUUAGAGGAAAUGGUUACACAGAGAAGAUAUGGCUAAUUCAAAAAGAAAGAAAGAACGAAAGAAAAAGACAAAAACUUUCAAAUUACAUUUGAUUCACCUCUGGUAAUACAGGCGUGCUGAAAAGUAUACAUUAUGGCAACUGGGAGAAAAAAAAUAUGCAUUUUAGAUGGUAGACUCCAUCACUCCAGUGGUGUUGAAGUGUAUCACCGGCAGUGAUGAAAACAUGGCUGCUGGAAGUACUGUUUGGAUUUGUCUGAGAUGUUCAUGGACCUCUAUUUUCCCAAAUUGUAUAAUUUAACUGUCUCUUGUGUAUAUUUUAUAUGCAUUUCCCUCUAUUUAAUCACGUUCUUAACAAGUAGUUGCUAAAAUCAUGGAAAGAAAUUGGUUUUCUUCUCUUUUUUUUUUCUUUUACAAUUUUGUCAAAAAGGCAAUCGUAGCCUAAAACUCAGUAACUAAAAUGUUUUGACAUACAGACAGUAACCUUUCAGCUUAUAGAAGCUAAUUUCAAGCAUUUGAUAUCUUUCUGAUUUUUUUUCCUAUUUAUUUUCUUUUGGCAUUCUUCCUGGCUUCAGACCAUUCCCUCACACAAAGAACAUCCCCACCACCACCCCACAUCCCUCAGAUGGCUACGCUCCAAAUGUGAACGGGCUUGUUAGACGUAAAGACCUCAGUUUAGUUCUAAAGGGUGCAGGUUGGGAGAUCAGGCAGUGUUGACGUGAAAGUUGAUGUGUGCAAGUGUGUGUGUGAGAGAGUAUGCUCUGUCAGCUCCUGCUUUUAUUUCAAGUGCUUUGAUUAAUAAGAUGCUUAGGAUAAUAAUAAUUGGAGGACGUUUUUUUGUAACAGAAGACAACAUCCCUCUUGAGCUAAAUCUACCUGUGCAGGCUUGAACAUUUUGUUUUCUGAAAAGGGCACAAAACAAAGGUCUGGUGAUGGCUGUUGUCCCUGGGAGGAUGACAUUAUUCUACUAGUGAUAAGGGUCUUAACUUGCAUGAUGUGGGCACCGUAGAUUUAGCCUCUUUUAAAGACAUUUUCCCCCCUCAUUUAUCGAUGGCAGUCCUGGAGAAAUGGCUAUUGCCAGAAUUGCAAAUACUUUUUGAACGCAUAUAAAUGAGACGUUUUAUCUGGUCAGAUUUGUUACCCCACAAAGAUUAGAUGAAAGCUUAAAAUAAUGUGUGAUUCUUGGGAACUCUACAUUUGUCAGCAUUUUCUUUCAUGAUCGUUGGGA